AUGAACAUUGUAGCCGAAAUACCCGAGGUAGCCAGAGCCCGCUUUGUGCCAGAAGAAUUGGGAGACAACAUGACAGAAAUCUCUUCUUCUGCUGCUGCCAACGGCCUACUAGUAAACGACAUGAUUCCAGAAGGGUAUCGCCAGCCUUCUCCUUUUGAUGAGGAUGACUAUAGUACCGCAACCGAAGAAGGGUUGAGGGGUAGCUCUGCCAGUUCCUGUACUUCUACGGGCAGUGUGGGCAAGGAAACGUUUCCAGAAUCAAAAUUUUGCGACCUCAAGCCAUCCGCACCUCUAUUCGCACCCCAACCAAUCAAGGGUCUAUUGACGAGCAGUGGUGGCAUGCCCCCCAACUUUCAGCCGUACGAGAGCUUCUACAAUGUGCCUGUAGGGACAGGUAACAUCGAGGAUACCAAGGGGGUGCUGGCUUUGGUGACCCUUCCUACACCGAAUCAGCAUGAUGAUAAUGACGACAAUGCUACCCUUCAUUUUAAUGGUGUCCAUCCUGCUGUGGAUGAGGAAAGGCCAUUGAACCAUGUGCCAUCAGCACCAGCAGAAUCACAAAAGCAACCCGCAUCCACUAGUUUUCGAGUCAGUAGCAGCAGUGUUCAAGAGCAGGGGUAUCCUCAGCAUCCUGAAGGAGGCUGCAGUAUUACUGCCAGUGGUUAUGCUCCUGCCGGUAGUGUGACCAAGGAGAUCUUUCCAGGACAAGAAUUUGGCGACUCCAAGCCACCCCCCAAGGUAAUAGCACCACAGUCAAUCAAGGGGAUAUUGAAGAACAGUGUUAGCAUACCCCCCAACUUUCAGCAGUACUAUAAUAACGAGGGACUGCCCAUGGGGACAGGAAACAUUCAGGAGAAGGGGGCUCUGGAUUUGGCUACCCUGCCUCCUAUGAAUCAUGAUGAAGACAGCGACAACAAUGCUACCCUUCAUUUUAAUGGUGUCCACACUGCCAUGGAUGAGGAAAUGCCAUUGAACGAUGUGCCACCACCAGCAGCAGAAUCACAGAAACAACCAGCAUCCUAUAGUGUUUCUGCUGACUCCAGACCCUCUCGCUUAUUGAGGUUGGUCCAACAACUGGUGGCCACGGAUUCGGAUUUUGACAAAUCGGAUUGGGAAACCUCCACUGAACUGGAGCCGCAACCGCAACAGCAACAACAGCAGCAAGAAACCGACGAUGAAGACCCAGCCUUUGAACCCACCAAGACAGAAAUUCGUCAAUUGCGGCGCGAAAUCUCAAUGAGAUCCAAAGAUCUUUGGGUAGGUUCCAUCACGGCCGAUUUGAAUGUUGUGGAGACGUCGGGGACACCGGAAGUUCUCAUGAAAACCGCCAGCAAUGCUGAUAUCAUUCAAAACAAAGUAAACGAUCAACAGGAACAACAAGCACAAACCAACAAACCAAUGACACGAGCCGAUUGUCGCAAGGCACUCAUCACAUUGGCCAUUCUGCUGGUGCUGUUUGCCAUUUGGAUUACCGUGGGAUUGGUCAUGACAAACAAGGGUGAUGAUGUUACGGAGGAAACGCUCUCACCCACUUGGGACGCUGAAGCAGAGGAAGAGUUCAAUAUGAACACUACGACGACCAUGUCGCCCACUGCGUUGAUUUCUGCGGCUGCCGAGGUCCUGGAACCCUGA